UCUGUAUGAGAUAAAGAAAAGCGAGUGUGUGUACUCUGACCCUCUACGACCAGUUAAAUUACCUGAACCAGGCUCUGUAACUCAUUAGGUCUGUCUGAUAGAGCGCUGAACCGGCACGGGAUAGUUUCAGACUUCCCUUAACAGAUUUGAAUAAUGUCUUAUAGAAAACGCUCCAGUUUGGAGCUAGGGGAAUGCACCAGGAACCCGGGCUUUCAGGAUGCGGACGGCGGGGAGUCUGUGGCAGAAAAUGCAAGCGAAGUCCCCGCGGAGAAGCAGGAGUCCACCUCGGUGAAGCUGGACGGGGGCCUGCCCGAGGAGGAGUACACGCAGAUUAAACCGUACGCCGGAAUGCCUAAGGAGGUACUGCUGCUGUACUCCUCCCAGGCCCGGUACCGAGUGCCCCGGGAGAUCCUGUUCUGGCUGACGGUGGCCUGCAUGCUGGCGCUCGUGGCGCUUACGAUCGCGGUGAUUGCGCUGUCCCCGGGAUGUCUGAGCUGGUGGCAAGCGUCCCCGGUGUACCAGGUGUACCCGCGGUCCUUCAAAGACUCCGACGGUGAUGGAGUCGGUGACCUUAAAGGAAUUCUCGAGCAGCUGGAUCACUUCCAGUAUCUAAACAUCAAGUCAAUCUGGAUCAGUCCUUUCUACCGCUCUCCUAUGAAAGACUUUGGUUAUGAUGUGGAGGAUUUCUGUGACAUUGACCCACUAUUUGGAACCAUGAAGGACUUCGAUGAUCUUCUGGCUGAAAUGCACAACAAAGGUUUGAAGCUGAUCAUGGAUUUCAUUCCCAAUCAUACCAGUGACCGCCACCGCUGGUUCAACCUGAGCCGGACCAGAGAUCCUCACUACACUGAUUACUACGUCUGGACUGACUGCAAUGCAUCCUUUCCAAAGCCUAAUAACUGGGUGAGUAUUUUCGGGAAUUCGUCAUGGACUUAUGAUGAAGUCAGAGGACAGUGCUACCUACAUCAGUUCCUCAAGGAGCAACCAGAUCUGAACUUCAGAAACCCGAAUGUCCGCCAGGAAAUGAUAGAUAUUAUUCACUUCUGGCUGGAGAAAGGGGUGGAUGGUUUUCGGAUGGAUGCAGUCAAACACAUCCUGGAGGCUGUACACUUGAGGGAUGAACCACAGGUGGAUCCAAACAUGCCCCCAGAGUUGGUAACUACAGAGUGGGACCUUUACCAUGACUACACCACCAGUCAGCUGGGCCUGCAUGACCUGCUGAGGGAGUGGAGGGAUGAGCUGGACACCUACAGCCGGGAGCCUGGCAGAUACAGGUUCAUGGUAUCUGAGUCAUAUGAUUACCACGAGGUGGAGAAGACCAUGAUGUACUACGGCACUCCACAGAUUAGAGAAAGUGACUUCCCCUUUAACUUCUACCUUCUGGACCUUCCUCAGAACACCAGUGGCCUGUGGGCUCAACAUCUGGUCGAGCUGUGGAUGGCCAACAUGCCAAGGGGAAAAUGGCCCAACUGGGUGGUUGGAAACCAUGACAGGCCUCGAAUUGCCUCCAGUACUGGUCCAAACUAUGUUCGUGUCAUAAACAUGCUGCUGCUGACCCUCCCAGGCACACCUACCACGUACUAUGGCGAGGAGAUUGGCAUGGAGAACAUUAACAUCACUGCCAGUCAGGUGCAGGACCCUGCUGGCAGAUACAAUACAAGUCUCAGUCGGGAUCCUCAGCGUUCUCCAAUGCAGUGGAAUGAUGACAUGAAUGCUGGCUUUAACAACAAAAAUAACAAGACCUGGUUACCUGUGCAUCCUGACUACAGUACCGUCAAUGUGGAGGUUCAGAAGAAAGAGGAAGGCUCUGUUUUGUCUCAGUACCGCUUCCUGAACACCCUGCGUGAGUCAGAGCUCCCACUACAUCGUGGUUGGUUCUGCUAUGCCCAUGUGGAUUCCAACAUCUUAUCUUAUAUCAGAGAGAUGGACGGGCUUGACCGAGCUUUCCUCAUUGUACUUAAUUUUGGCAAUAAAACUGUCACCACAGAUCUCUCUUCCAUUCACGAGCUACCAGACCAGCUGGAGGUGGUGAUGAGCACAAACCAUGUCAACAAUGGCAAGGUGAUGCAAAAGUCUCGUAUCCUGACAGAAGAAGGGGAGGGUUUGGUGAUUCAGUACUCCACAUAUACUCGCUUCCAUCCAAACCAUGCUGAAAAGUGCUACAUCUCUGAGAAAGCAUGCUAUCUGAAUGUCAUGGAUAUACUUUAUAAAUGCUGAUACAAAAGGACAAUGGUAUUGAAAUAUUAAAGUUUCAGGUCAUUACUAUCCUUCUUUGGUGUCUCCUCUGUAUGGAUUUUAUAUCUCAUAAUAAAUAAGACCAUUACAGAUA